UCUUCCGAUAAAUAUUAUCUCAUAAUCGUCCGCAGUCAUCAUUCCGUUGAACCCCAAAUCAGCCUGUAGAGCCGGUGAACCUCCGCCGUCACCGGCUUCCAGAUGCGCCGUAAUCCGCUCUCCUCAAUCCGCCACUCUCUUCAAACCCCAAAGCCGAGCCAAAACUCUCUCAUUUCGUUCCUACCCUCACAUCAUUUCCUUUCCCGCUCUAAAAAAAAAAUCGCAUCUCAGGGCGACGAAACCAACGACCCUCCCUACUCCCCGAUCUCCAAAAUCGCAGAACCGAAGCCCGAGCUUCCUCCCAGAACCCUAGUUUCGGGCCGGAGAAAGGCCCCGGUUCCAUUCCACUCUGACCUUCCCUUUGAUUUCCGCUUCUCUUACUCGGAGACUGAUACCUCAGUGCAGCCGAUAGGGUUCCGCGAGCCCCCGCGCUUCUCUCCGUUUGGCCCUGGUCGGCUUGACCGGAAAUGGAACGGUGUUUCUGCUCCUGCAGUUGGGGAGUUCCCGCCGGAGGAGGAUAUGGAAGAGCAGCGGAGGUCUGUGCUUGGGGAGCCGCUGAGCGAAGAGGAGGUCGAAGAGAUCGUUGAGCGGUACCGACACAGUGAUUGUUCUCGUCAGAUUAAUCUAGGUAGAGGUGGUGUAACACAUAAUAUGAUAGAUGACAUCCACAAUCACUGGAAAAGAGCUGAAGCUGUGAGAAUCAAGUGUCUUGGAGUUCCAACUCUAGACAUGGACAACAUUUGCUUCCACCUGGAGGAUAAAACAGGUGGAAAAAUAAUCUAUCGAAAUAUUAACAUGCUCCUCUUGUAUCGUGGUCGAAACUAUGAUUCUGAAAAUAGGCCAAUUAUACCUCCAAUGCUAUGGAAGCCACUGGCACCAAUUUAUCCGAGGCUCGUGAAAAGUAUUACAGAUGGCCUGACCUUUGAGGAAACCAAAGCAAUGAGAAACAAAGGGCUAAAUUCCCCUUCUUUGAUGAAGCUCUCCAGGAAUGGCGUGUAUAUUAAUGUUGUGGAGAGAGUCAGGGAGGCUUUCAAAACUUUAGAGGUGGUGAGACUGGACUGUAGCCAUGCUGGUAGCAGUGACUGCAAGAAGAUUGGUGUGAAGCUAAGGGAUUUGGUGCCUUGUGUUCCUAUACUGUUCAAGGAUGAGCAAAUUAUUUUAUGGAGAGGGAAAAUAAUAAACGACUCAAAUCAAUGCAUUAGCAGUGAACAAUGCAUGACUGAACAUCUUUGAAGUGAAGUAAUACCAUAACAAUAUAACUGACCCUUUGCCAAUGUUUCUGGUGGUGAGAGACUAGGAGAAUGUGUGAUUAUUAAAGCAGCUUGCUAUCUCUGCUUGUGAUGGCCUGGAUGGUGAUUUCCCAUUUUUUUGUAUAGAACAACCCAGUAAUUUUCCGAAGUUACAGAAGUUCAUCAUACACUGAUAAAUA